GGUGUGUACAGCCGCUGUACUAUUACACACCAGAGGAGUAUCUGGAACAUACUAUGAGUUACUUUAUUUGAAAUGCAAAGCUACUGAAGACCAGAAUCAGGAUAUUUUUGCUGGAUUUUAUUGUGUGAACAUCGCUGUGCUGAAAUGGGUGGCCAGGUAACCCGUACCUCUUUAGAUGGAGGAACCCUUCGCUGCCACCCCUUGAAGGUGAGCAUGUGCCCACAGCUGCCAGCCCCCCCGCCGCUCUGUUUCCAUGCCAACACGAAAGGCUCUCAAAUCAUGAUGGACAAGACGCAGCGCAGCGUGCGCCGAAUCGCCAGCUUCUGUAAUGCCAUCUCCUUCACCAACCGGCCAGUCAGAAUCUAUGAACAGGUCCGGCUCAAGAUCACAAAGAGACAGGGAUGUUGGAGUGGUGCCCUCCGAGUGGGUUUCAGUACGGUGGAUCCAUCUGAUUUAAGUUCAGCAUGGCUGCCACAGUUCACCUGCCCAGAUCUAGUUAGCAAAAGGGGAUUUUGGGCCCGAGCGCUUCCUGAGGAACAAUGUGAAGAAGAUACCAUUCUGUCCUUCUGGUUGGAUAACACAGGGCGAGUGUUUUACCGGGUUAACGGCGGCCCUCCGAUCUUCUUCUUCGGCGGUGUACCUGCCGGAGAGCCGGUUUGGGCGAUCAUUGACAUUUAUGGGCUGACACGUGGAGUACAGCUACUUGACAGUAAGAUGGAGCCAGCUGAAUAUCUCUGUCCUACUGUGACUCAUGAAGGCAUGGAUGAGUGGCAUCUGUCAAGCAGCUGCUCUGAGCUUGACCUCCAGGAAGAUCUGUCAUCCUUCUCAAAUUCUCCAAACGCUCUAAACUCAGUGCUGUCACGUCAGCUCAACGAUGACUUGCAUUUCCACUGUGUCCAUGGCAACGGUCUGCGUCUACUGACUGAACACAUAGCGGUGCGUUGGUAUAACAGACGUGAGGAUUGCGCUCUGGCGUUCACUCAUCGGCCGUUGCGCUGUGGAGAGUGUGUGUUCCUAAAGGUCUCGUUAAGGUCUUCUGCUCUGAAUGGAUUUUUGUCUUAUGGAUUCACUUCCUGUAACCCAGCCCAUAUUAACCCAAAGCACCUGCCGGUUAAUCCAGAUGACCUGAUGGACCGCAAAGAAUUCUGGGCUUUUAGCUGCCUGACUUCACCGCUUGUGGGCGGGGAUAUCAUCGGUUUCCGGGCAACUGCAGAAGGGGAGGUGCUUGUGAGUCAUAAUGGAGGCAGGGCCUGCAGAGAGAUAUGUGUGGAUAACUCCACUCCUCUGUGGAUGAUCUUCCAUUUACAGCCACACAUCAAGCAAAUCAGCAUACUGGGCACUUCUUGUGGUUACUCUCCAUCCUGUUCAGAAGUACAGAGGUCCAUCUUUAGUGAUGCCAGUCACCUCUCAGCCAAUCAGAUUACCAGUACAGCAGUCAGGGGCUUUACGGACAGCUUUCAGUCCCACUCACAGUAUCUCAGCAGUUCUGCAGGGACAACAUUCGGUUCACUGUCCUCAGAAUCUCCCAGUACCCCAUCAUGCCGUGCGAUUACUAGUGAGGAGUGUUUGAUUUGCUGCGAGAGGGCAGUGGACUCAGUGCUGUACACAUGCGGACACAUGUGCAUGUGCUCCGUCUGUGGUGGGAAGCUAAUGGAGAUGUCAAACCCGUCUUGCCCCAUGUGUCGCAGCCCAAUCAGAGACGUCAUCAAAAUAUUCCGCAGCAUGUAACCUGGAAACCACCUCUCCGACAAACAGGAUCACAGUACCUGGGUGAAUCUCGUUCCCACAAUUCCCACAAGCCCAUUUAAAAGACUGCUUGUUUGAGCUCAGCAAGGAAGAGGUACUAAAUGACUGCUUAAUGUACUAAAUGUCUGACCAAAAAUGCUGAGAGAACCCAGAAGUAACUGCUUAAGUGAAUGGCACAACAUCCCAGAUACUAUAAAUCUCUAUUGACAAAUGGCUAGAUGUGCAUAAUGGGAAAUCAAGCUACUAUGAGACUAAUUCAGAUUUUCAGUAAACUAGUAACUUCAUACAAAACUGUUCACAUGUUUUUAAAUGUUUGUUC